AAGAUUCAGUCAGGCUCAAGAGGAAGAAGCAGUAUUUUUACAGCUGAUAUGAUUGAUGCAUCACAGGUUUUGCAGCAUUUUUUGUGAGCACCCAGGUAAAACAAAACUUACAGUCAUCCACACACUUGCUGACAUCUACGGAGGUGCAAGGAAGAUCUCUCACAAAGCAGGGUCGUAGUUGAGUUUGUGGCUGAACUUCAAGAUAGGAUGGCAGAACCUGCCCUCAGAGAGUGGAAGAUGGUCUCUUUGACUGCUGUAGAUUGCAGCACUUGUUGCUAUGGCUUCUGGUGCUGGCCUUGCCUUGCCUGCACCGUUUCAGGAAUGUUUAAAGAGAACUCCUGUCUGCCUUUAUGUGACAUUCUGACUCCUGCUGCAUGUGUAGCCUGUGGGAUUCCUUUAAUUGUCCCCCCUGCGGCAAUCUCUCUGAGGGCUUCCAUUCGGAACAAAUAUCAUAUAAAGGGUUCCCUCUGUAAAGACAUGGCAAUUUCCUGUUUCUGUGUCUGGUGCUCCUGGUGUCAGAUGCAUCGUGAGCUAAAGAAUGGAGCUCCUGUCACUGUGGUGCAGCAGCCCCCACAACAGCACACUACUGUGGUCAACGUGCAGGCUAAUCCUGUCAUGAUGGUUAAUCAAAACGCUUCUCCACCUCCUGUUGGUUUUCAAAACCCUGCUCAAAACCAGAAUAUGUUUCAAAACCCUCCCCAAUAUCCUGGUGGUUAUCAAAACCCUCCCCAAUAUUCCACAUAGACCCAAAACCCUGUUAAAAGUCCUAAUGCUUAUAACUCCUAACAACGUCUGAACAAAACUUGUGAAAAAUGUGAGUUUCUCUGAUCAUUCAUGAUCAUGUUGUUGUGAAAUGGGAUUUUUUUAUUCUAUCCAAAAUAUCAAUUAACUGCCAAUACUUCCAAAAAAAGUGUUGAUUUUUAGUUGUUUGAGUUCAGAUGUGUAUUUACUUUAUUAUAAACAUGACUACCCUAUGACUUUCAAAUGGAAAAUGUCAAAUUGAU